CCAAAAUGUCUUCUUCAACAUUAGCCUUGCUCUUGGUACUACUUGGAACUCUCUGUGCCUUUUUCUACAUCUUUAGGAUCACCUCAUCCCCAUCAAACCACAACAAAAAUAGCCGGAAACUUCCACCUGGUCCCCGUGCCCUACCUAUAAUCGGUAACCUUCACAUACUAGGAAAGCUUCCACACCAAAAUCUUCACCAUCUAGCCAAAAGAUAUGGCCCCAUAAUGUCACUAAGGCUAGGCUAUGUACCAACAAUCGUGGUAUCAUCACCUCAAGCCGCUGAACUAUUCCUCAAAACCCAUGAUAUUGUUUUCGCUAGCAGGCCUAAAGUCGAAGCCUCGGAGUACUUGGCGUAUGGUGCCAAGGGCUUGGGUUUGACCGAGUACGGUUCCUAUUGGCGAACUGUUCGGAAAUGGUGUACUUUGCAUCUACUUAGUGCUUCAAAAGUUGAAUAUUUUUCCCCCAUAAGGAAGGCGGAGCUGAGGUCGUUGGUUGAAUCAAUAAAGAAGGCAGCGGCGGCGGGUGAGACGGUGGACCUUAGCAGAAAGGUAGGUGAGCUUGUUGAAGAAAUCAUGUGUAAAAUUAUUUUCGGGCGCUCCAAGGAUGAUAGAUUCAACUUGAAGCCCAUAAUUGAAGAGACCAUGCACCUAACAGGAGCUUUCAACAUAUCGGAUUAUGUACCUUUUCUUGCUCCAUUUGACCUUCAGGGAUUAGCACGAAGGUUUAAGAGGAUGAGUAAGGUCCUAGAUACAUUAUUGGAGAAAAUAAUUGAUGAACAUGAACAAGAGACUAAUCCGGAGGAACGAAAACCUCGUAGAGAUUUCGUUGAUGUUAUGGUUUCCCUGCUGAAUAAACCCAUGAACCCUCACGAUGAAGGUCAAGCGUACAUAAUUGACAGGAGAAACAUCAAGGCCAUAAUAUUGGACAUGAUUUCAGCUUCAUUUGACACUUCAGCUGUAGCCAUUGAGUGGACAUUUUCAGAACUUUUAAGGCAUCCACGAGUGAUGGUUGGUCUUCAGCAAGAGUUAGAAACCGUCGUCGGAAGGAAUAGAAUGGUAGAGGAGUCGGAUCUACCCAAACUAAUUUACUUGGAUAUGGUUGUCAAAGAAAGCCUGAGGUUGCAUACAGUUGCGCCGUUCCUAGUUCCACAUGAGUCCAUGGAAGAUAUCGUUAUUAAUGGAUAUUUCAUACCAAAGAAGUCACGGAUCCUAGUGAAUACUUGGUCCAUGGCACGAGACCAAAAUGUUUGGUCAGAUAAUGCUGAAGAAUUUCUUCCAGAAAGAUUCAUUGAUAGCAAUAUAGACCUUCGAGGACAUGAUUUCCAGCUGAUUCCGUUUGGAUCAGGUCGUAGAGGAUGCCCUGGGAUGCAGUUAGGCCUAGUCACCGUGCGCUUAGUUUUAGCUCAAUUAGUCCAUUGCUUUGAUUGGGAGUUGCCUGAUGGGAUGCUGCCUAAUGAACUGGACAUGAGCGAAAAGUUUGGCCUCUCAUUGCCAAGGGCGAAUCAUUUGUUUGUUAAGCCAAUUUAUCGUUUAUUCGAUGAAAGAAUGUAAAACAAGGGCCGUUGAAAUUGAAAAUAAUGAUAUUGAUGUUAUUAAAAUUAGUGAUUAAAUAGUGGUUAUGCUUUAUCGUUUAUUCGAUGAAAGAAUGUAAAACAAGGGCGCAUUCAAUGCACCGUUGAAAUUGAAAAAUGAUAUUGAUGUUUUUAAAAUUAGUGAUUAAAUAGUGGUUAUGCU